GCCGCCGCGCUCGGCCGCCAGCACGGCCACGGCCAGCAUCUCGCGCAGGUCCACCGUACCCCCGUCGGCCGCCACCUCGGCCUCCCCGCCCGCCGGCUCGCUGCCCAGGCCGAAGAGGCUGAAGCGGCCGGCCAGGAAGCCCGAGUAGAGGUGGUAGAGCACCCCGAGCCCCAGCAGGAAAAAAACGGCCACCCCCAGCGGGGAGAGGCGGAUGCCCAUGGGGGCCAUGGCGCGCGCGACCGGCGCUAAGGCCGCUUCAGGCCCGCCGCGGAGUCCGCUACAGCGGCGCCCGUUUCCUGGCGCCCUGCCGCGCCAUCACCGCUCAGGGAAAGCCGUGCCGUCGCCGCCGCCACCCUCCACGCCCCGUACCCCACGCCCCUGCCUUGCAGCAGCCAGCAGCCCGCUGAUCGGCCUCCCGCGUAGGGCAACAGUCGGCCGUGAGGGCAGCUGCUUCUUUACCUCUAGGAUCAACCAUUCACCCUUUGACUCUGCACCAAACUGCCUCUGUCCUGCACUCUUCUUUUGUUUUCCUUACUGAGAGACCCCUGUUUCUGUGAGCAAGGUAGGUAUGUGUGUGUCUAGCAUGCAAAUGGUACAUGGGUUAAUGAGAUAAUUGUAAUAAACAUGUGCCUUCAGCUUCUUUGAAGGUUGAAUAUGGCCAUGGAACCCAGUUACAGUCAGAGAUCCUGACGAAAAGAUCACUGCAGAGCAAACUGGAGCAUGGCAGCUGACAUAUUGAGGAAAACUGAGAGAAAAGAGAUAGGAGGGAGGAAGGGAUGGAUGGAUGGAGAGAGGGAAGGAGGAAGGGAGGGAAAGGAGGGAGGGAAAGCAAGGGGAAAGAGAGAGGGGGACCUCUAAUCAUUUAAUACUUUGGAAACCAGGAAUACUGAAUAUUCUUUAUAAUUUCUUUGAAACAUUUUUUCUUUAUGUCCCAUGGUAAUGACAUAGUUAAAUUAUUGUAUCUUAAAACCAUGAUAUAAUGCAUCAGCCCACAAUGUGGCAGACAGGUAUGUUUGUUUACACACACACAAAUACACACACACACACACACACACACACACACAUAUAUCUAUAUAUGUGUGUGUGUGUGUGUAUA